UGUAAACUGUUCGGCUUGUUCGUAUUGAUGUUAAAGAAAGUUGUAUGGAUUUAAUAUAUUUUCGAAAGAUAGUGAUUUUGCUGGCAGUGGCACAGAUGAACGGCGGCUUCGGGGCAGGAGACCAGGAAGGUUGCGCACACGGCGCUUCUAAUUACACUUUUAUCGAACGGUACUAUCAUACACAUCUAGCGGUUGAGAGUGUGAAAAAAAAUGUCAUGGUCUAUCGCCUAGUGAGCUACAAACCAUCUUGUGACUUUAUCGGAAAACUGAUCGACAUGAUUAACAAUAAAUGUAAAGAAAAAACAAGAAUUGUGUCUCAAUCUGAGCCGAAGUAUCACAGCAUAAUCAGCACAACCCACGUGACAAAAUGUUGUAUUGGAUUCAUUACAGAAAAUGAUAUCUGCGUUAGAGUCAAAUCAAACAACUUUCCAACGGGUGCACUUACAGGGGGAGUUAUUGGUGCCGUUAUAGUCUUGGGUGCUGCUGUCGUUAUAACUUUCUUGGUCACACGAAGAUUAUUACAAAAGGAAGCACAAGGCCAUAACGACGAGCGAGAUGAUACAAACCCUGGAGGGGCAGCAACUCAACCCGGACUAUACGAAUCGUUAAAUAUAGCCAGCAUGGAGGAACGUGACAGGGGGGAUGCCUUCACAGUGUUAUUCACGACAGGGCAAGCUGGAGUGCCGGAGAGUGACCAUUACGAAACAAUACCGAACUAAUUGCAAUGGGUAUAGCAACAAUAAGUCAGAGUUCUCACUCUGAUACAAACACGAUGACAAUAUCGGUCAGGAAAUGACAACACAGGUCAAGAAAUGAAAAUACAUUUCUGAUCAGAACCUAUUUCAAAAUUUUGGUUUAGGGUCUAAUUGGUAUAAAGCACUAGACCUAAGUACAGAGUAGAACAAACGUUAACUACUCUACGUUUAUAAAUGUAUCAUGUUUAUUGCUUUGUUAGGAAAGAUGUCGGCUACUUGUUUGGAUACUCGUUUUUCUAGAUCUUCGUAAGAUUUUAAGAAAUUUCAUUUACAAACACUGUAAAAUAUUAAUAACUGUCGGAAAAUAGCUCAUUGAGCUAAUGUUUCUUUUCGACACAUACCCGACUUUAAAUAGAGAUUUUUGUUUCUUGUAUCUUGUACUUCAUACUAUUUACUUUUUCCCAGCAUUAUGUAGGUUUGUAUUCCUAUUAUUAAUGAGUGUUGCAAAAUGAGGAUUGUUGAAGCUUGCUUUUCAUUAUGAAUGACAUCAAUGUGUAAAUGAGAAAUGAUUUGGUUUAAUGUAAUCAUUGUAAAUAUCAUUAAUAGUGUUUAAUCCAUAUUAUGUAAACAAGACACACAUUAACCUUUAGUAAAUAUUUUAUCUUGUAGCAGUAGUAGUAGUAGUAGUAGUAGUAGUAGUAGUAAUAGUAGUAGUAGUAAUAGUAGUAGUAGUAGUAGUAGUAGUAGUAGCAGAAGCAGUAGCAGCAGCAGCAGUAGCAGCAGCAUCAGCAUCAGCAGCAGUAGUAGUAGUAGUAGUAGUAGAAGUAGAAGUAGUAGCAGCAGUAGCAGUAAAUACUUAAAUAUUUCAAAGAAAUAAAAGGAUCCUACAACACUGUUAACAAAGAGAGACUUCGGCGAUAUUAUAAAACAUUGCAUAUAUGAAUAAGUUUGUUUAUCUUCUUCUCAGAUAUUUGCUUACAUAAUACAUUGGUCAGGGAUCAAAUACUAAUACACGAAUUGUUUAGAGUAUAUGAAACGUUUGCAUAUAUAUAUAGUAAGUAAAAAAAGCAAAAUAGAGUGCAACAACUAGGUUACAUGAUACAAUUUUUAAGUCGUCAUGUUUUCAGUUUUGAAAAUUUUCUUUCAUAAUAUUCAUGUAUAUGUUCACGAUAAUUAAGCAAUCAAUCUGAUUCUAUUUGUAUUACUAAGUUAACAUUGAGUUUUACAAAAUAUGUCAAUAGAUCAAUCACUAUUUUGUUUUUAUUAUUACGUUUGGCAUGUCCAAAUUGCUUAAGGAUAAGCAUGCUUAAUUGUAACAUGUUUCACCAUAUAUGGUACAUACAUGUGUGUGCGUGAGUGUGUGCGUAUGUUUGUGCGUGUAAUUUGUACCUUAUUUGUGAGUAGUUCCAAGUUACUUGACAAUUUACUUCCUUUGUGAAAAAAAUCCCGCCAAAUGCCCCCGCUACCCGGAGACAUUCUAUGUACAAAGGCCAAUUUCCCGCUAUUUUCGGCGCGAAAACAAAACCAACGAAUUCACUGCGCACUGCGGGGCCACCUUGAAGGUAAAAAAACGGCCCAUUUCCCAUUUUCCCCGCUUUACCCGGUAAACCACGGAUCUGGGUGAGGGGGAGCCGUGGGUACAAUUGACUGGUGCAUUUUAGUUGGUUAA